AUGGCUGUUUCUUUUAAGUGGCCCUGGUUGGGUGUGGCCGUAAGUGAGAUCCCCACUGUGAUCAUUGCCUAUGUUCAUAUCAUUACUUCCUGGCUGAUCAUCAGAGAUGAUGAUUCAAGCCGAGCGCUUUUCUGGAUGUUCAAUUUUAGUGUAUUUAUGGUGUGGCUGUCGUACUAUUUGGCCAUCAUGACAUUACCCGGUUCGCCACCUUCUAAGUAUCGCUCUAAUGAUGCAGAAAAGCCCAUCACCUUCUGGUACAAGUAUUGUAGAAAGUGCAGGGCCGAAAAGCCGGAAAGAUGUCAUCAUUGUAAAACUUGUGGACGGUGUAUCUUGAAGAUGGAUCACCAUUGUCCGUGGACGAUGAACUGUGUUGGCUUCAGGAACCUGCCACAUUUUACCAGGUUCUUAAUGUGGUUAUUGAUUGCAUGUUUUAUGACUUUGAAGUACUAUGGAUCCCGGCUCUGGUCAUAUUAUAAGAUGAGAAACCUACCGUUUUAUCUGAUUAGUCGUACAGAAAUGGUGCUUGUGAUAGUCAACUUCAUUGUGGUUGCGUUUGUCGAAUUCACGUUGGCGUUGUUAUUUAUGAGAACUAUUAACGGGCUUAUCUCCAACGUUACUACUAUAGAGGACUGGGAGCAGGAUAGGAUGCAUCAUGUGUUCUUCAGAGAUGCAUUUUGGGAUAAAGUGAGGAAGAAUUACAACGACGUUCAUGGUGGUAAGCCAUUUCCGGAGCUUACAUCAUGGAAGAUCAACUAUAGAGAGCUUCCUCACAAUUCUUCUGUUCCUGCGAGCUUCUCCUUUGAAGACUGGGUUUUCCCUUAUGACUUGGGUUCUGGCUACGAGAACAUGGUUCAGUCACUGGGCCCCCUGUAUCUAUGGCUGUGGCCUUGGGGCGGGCCAGGAGACAAUGGAUUGAAGUUUGAAAAGACCUGGUGGAAAAAGGAAGACCAGCUACAUCUCCCAUUUCCAAUGGACGGAGACAAUUAUAAAGGAGAAGAAAAGGUAGAGGUGGAUCUUCAUGGUGGAGAAACAAUCAUGGGAAACUUUCCUAACGAACUAGGUGAAACUUUAGAAGACUUCGGUGUCGAUAUGGCUACGGAGAAUUACGAAAUCAAAAAGGUCAUGUAG